CCCGCUGCCUACAUCCUCCCCUCACGUCUGCGCGUCUGGAAAGCUCAGGAUCCUAACCCACACUUCUCGCCAACUGGUAACGGCACUGACUUCAUGGUCAGCCGACCUCUUGCUUGCCACCAUGUCGGUAACCACAUCAUCAGGUGCGACAAUGGCGACACCGUCAGAGAGCGACGACGAGGAGGUGUCACUGGAAUGCCUGGCAAUCGCAAGAUCCGAGUAUGACAACCCCGGAAUCACGAAAGCAGCGUUUGAUGAGCAGGGCGAUGUCAGUCUACUCGUCGGCGCCCCCGGAGCCAAUGAUCAGGCCAUAUAUACGGUCUGCUCUCGAACACUCUCGCGCGCAUCACCUCUACUCGACACAUUGCUGCGUAGCUCGAAGGCCGACCGUCAACUGGAUGGGGGUUGGAUUGUCAGACUGCCUUACGACGAUCCCCAGUCCAUCCGCAUCAUCCUAAACAUCGUCCACGGCCGGUUCCGAGACGUGCCAGACUCCAUGGCUCUGGGCAGCCUUCACCAGCUCUGCAUUUCUCUCGACAAAUAUCACAUCGCGGAGUGUUUGGGGCCCUGGGCCAAAAACUGGUGCCAAACGGCACGACGGCUUGGCCCAUACGCAGUCAGAGGCCAUGCCCAAGUCGCCUGGGUGGCAUAUGUCCUUGGUAACAAGAGCAUGCUUCAAGAGGCUACCCAGAUCUUGCUUCGGGAAACGAGCCCAUGGGAAUUGGUGGAGGGUGACGAGCAUCUCCUGCCCUUAUAUUUAGCAGGCAUCCUAGACAAUAUAAAGAAGCAGCAGAUCGAGAGCCUGCAGUCGCUCGUUAAACUAAUGCACGACACAUGGUCCGACUGCGUGGCAAACUGCUCCUCCGGACGUGGAUGCCUUGUUAGUAGCGAUUCGGAACGGAAAGUCUGUACAGCCGCCGUUGCUGGCUCUCUCACUGCGUCUCUGCACAAGAGAGAAUUGCUGCCAUCUUCGAAACCCAUCCCGCUCGAGGAAUACACACUGGCCGACUUCGUGGACAUAGCCAGGAACAUUACCGGGGAGAUUGUGCAGGGCUGCAACAGGUGGGGUGCUGACCACAGGAAAUGUGGUCCCGCUGAAAAGGUGCUCAAGGCCAUCGAGCUUGCGGAGGAAUCUUUCGUACCCAUUCUGUCUAUGGCCCAGCUUGAGCGCCUCAAGGAACAGGCAGAGAGGAUUGGUGUGGAGUACUAGAUAGCUUUGGCCUCUGGACCUGGGCUCAAUCUUGAUCACAAAAAGGCCCGGGGUUGGGAAGGGGAACCAACAGGACCAUUUUCACGCUGUGGCAGGUGUAUCAACAGCAAUUUCCUGUCAAUUGAUACCAAUGUCUCUUUUCGUUUCAAUGUGUGCUGUAGCAGCAGUUGAGAUAAUAUGCGAGGCAUGGUCGAGAGGAUAAACGGAAGGAUGCCC